AAUCACGAUCGACUCACACGUUCUUUGGCGUACAGUUGAGCUGGAAUUGACCUAGUGAACGUCUGGAAUUGAAAUCCUAGCCGUGUAGAACCCACUCCAGGCCUCCUUAGUAACGUAGCUGCAGCAUCCAAGUGAACAAACCCACACCAAGUGAGGUGCUGCACACAAAGGCAGCUACUACUUGGAUUGUUUUCCAUUUCUGCGGGCUCUUUGAUCACGACACCGAGGUAUUGCUCUAACAUCUGACCAUCGAAAAAGUGUCCUUUGGCUUGGCUUGGCGAGCAACAAGCAAAGCCACGGAUUGACGCACACACGAAGCCCACGAAGGUGCUGAUAUACGGUGCGUGACACAUACGCACGUGAACGCGCAUCGCUGGCAGACCGUGUACUUGCGUAUGUGGGCAGUACUUCGCGAUACGGCAGUCGGUUUGCUUGCCGAAAUACACUCACUACAGAAUGAGGCCAAAAUGUCAAUUAUAAUAGCGAUUGUCUUUAUGGGAUUGCUGGAGCUGGGACGAUCGCAAUACCUAACCAACACUGUACAUAAGACAUCAGCUGCGACGGAGAAGAUUAAUGAUCUGUGGUGCUACUCGUGCAAUGCUACCGACGAUGGCGAAUCGUGCAUCGAGCUGUCCUCCGGUAACAAUGCGACCUACGCCAAAAAGUGUAAUCCCGACGAGUACAUCUGCAUGGUCAAGCAGUUUUCCUACACGACCAGCACGGAAAACUCGACCUCCACACCGAAGCUGUGGUCACUGGAGCGGCGCUGCAUCAACACGUGCGAGGCCGGUUGCAUAAUCAUCGGCGAACGGACGAAGCUGUACGCGUGUACCAGCUGCUGCGAGAAGUCAUACUGCAACACGGGCCGUGCCCGGUCGGCCAGCCUGAUCGCAGACUUUCGGACACGCACGGCAGCCCUGUUUGCGUUGUCAUUGCUCGUGAUGUUUAGCGUAGGGAAACCGAUUCUAGCACCAGGACCAGCGCUCUAGCUGUAAGCAAACCCCCCGGGGGGCCGGCAAACGUUCGAGUUCACAACCAUGGUCCAAAUAGCACCCCCUCAAAGUCGUCGUCGUAUCAGAUACCUCCUUGCACACUUCCUUCCCACACUUCCCGUUUUUUGGUCAAGAAGAGUUCAAUUCUAAACAAUGAAAGCCGAAACCGAAGACGGGAAUCAGAACGUAACUCCUCCGCAUGCACUGUCCUCAACGUAAAUUUUAGGUAAAUUGCAAUCGAUUCCAUCAACACACAAGAUGGUGGACGGGGCACGAUCAUCCGCAGUGAUCCGUAUACAUUACACCACAUUAUCCGUGUUCCAGAAGCGCGUUUCUCCCAAACUUUCGCGAUCACAUUACGCGCGUCGCAUCGUUACGAUUUAGAUAGAAUUUGAAAAAAAAACAACAACAGCGAGGCCCAAUUGUCCCCGGAAAUUUGAAGUAGUGUUUAAGCCAAAAACCCACAAAAUAAGAUUCGAAUGUCAUUUAAAAACAAAUUGGUAAAAUUUCAUUCUAGCAUUCCCCCCAGCAGCAACACACCUUUCCCGAUUAAAAUUCCCUUCGUGUACGACCUUUCGGAGCAGGCAAACAGAUCCCCGGCUCUAGCCGACAAAACCACUAGGACAUAGGAUUGAAUUAGACGGUACAAAAAAGGGUCAGAUAUGUGAAUUGAUGGCGCCAUGGUCAUAGGCGUUGUUGGUUUUUUGGUCUUGCAAAUGCGGCGUAAACCGUAGCACGAUGAAUAUUACAUAUUCUAAAAUUAUCAAAGUUUUAAUGCAACCACGAAAUGUGCAGAGAGCGAAAACAGCAGAGCAGAGACAACUGCAAACCCUGUUCAGACACUAGGCCAAACACACACACACACAUACACAUCCUUUCCUUAACCGAUCUAAGUAACCAAGGACCCAUAGAUACUCUUUGUCGCAUCUGGGAAAACCGAACCGUCCCACGAUCAACUUCUGCAUCGGUGUGAAGUGGGACGGCGUACAUGCCAAGUUGUGGGCGACAUUUUAAAUAUGGAAAUUGAUUUACCAAGCAGCAUCCGUAGCAGCAUCCCCUCGUGAACCAAGAAUCAAGAACCAUCACAGCCGUGCUGAUCGGCUCGUACUUGUAUGUGCCACCACAGUCCAUCUUGACGGACGAGCCAAAUGAAUAGAACUAGGACAUAGUAAGCUAGAGUGUGAGCGUGGGAACCAAGGGGACACAUAGAGAGCCAAAUGUACAACGCCAGAAAGUGAAAAUGAAAGUGAAAACUUGGAUCUACUAGCCAGAGCAGCAGCAGCAGCAGCAGCAGCAUGCUUGGCUGUUCCAUAAAACCAGUGAGCCAGUCAGUGAGCAAGGAAUUUUCCGUUCGUUUUCGGUACAUUUUUUCGGAUACUUAUGUCUAAUGUAAGCAUAUUUUUCCAAUAACAUACCAUACAUUUGACGCAAUAAAAUUUUAACGAUACUAGUAC